GCAGAUGAACAAACGUUUUCGCAAACAAAUCCAAAUUAUAUGUGACCAGCUGCAUAUACGUGUAUGUGUCAACGAUAAAACUCGAUCCUCCAGAAGUCGGACAUGAUGUUCCACAAAGAAAACACAGGCAGAGCUGUGACCGAGUUGAGUCGGUAGAUUGUGCCUUCAACCCGUCUAGACUCACCGUUCGCCGAUAAUAGAAGAAGCUCGAUCACUUGAUUGUAUAUCUAGACAUUGAUCUCUCGGUCAAAGUAAUGGAUUUUCCUCUCGGAUUGGGUUUAGUACCGCUACUGUGGGCUAUCUUUACGCUAGCAGGAGUGCUAUUUUGCUAUUUCUACUCGGUUUUUGUCGGCCAUGUUUACCCUUUAGUGCCAUCCAUCAGCAACACCGGUACAAGGAGACCCGAAGGUGAUAUAUUUGCCGAAAUUAUGAACAUCUCGUCAUUCCUUUGCUUCGUCAUCAUGUACAUAAGAUACAUUCAAGUUAGGUACAAGGCGGCAAAAUCUUACGAGAAUAUUGAGCGAGUAAACUUGGUCUCACUCAUCGCUGGAGCAACGAACGUUAUUGGCAUCACUUUAGUUGCAAAUUUCCCAUCAGUCCAGGACACCACCUCCGCGACAGUACACGACAUUGGUGCUGUCUUGACGUUCAUUGCUGCGGCAAUCUACAGUAUAUUGCAGUCUUUUAUAACUUGGAAACUUCAUGCUUUCGACAUGGAUGAUCGUUUGGCCUGGAUAUAUCGACUCAUAAUUACAUGCAUUAUGAUUACAGCUGGAUCUUUGUUCCUGAUGUUUUCCUUGAUUGCCUAUGCAGAAUUCAAGGACAGUCAUCCAUCUCACACAAUUUUGCGUUGGAACCAGAAUGAUGGUGGUUAUGAACUACACGUGUUUAGCAAUGUCUGUGAAUGGAUUGGCGCCAGUUGUUUUCUGCUUUUCCUAGUUAGUUACUUAAAGGAAUUCCAGGAAAUACAAAUUGUGACUAAAUGUAUCCCGAAAAGUCUUAAUUCGGUGAAAUCGACGGAAGAAGAACUUCAGGAAAGUUCCUAAGCUUACAUGAUUGACUUAAUUAUAUUCGCUGGUCAAUAUAAGUUUUGAUAAAAUUGGUAUUUUACAUGAAUUUGUAAAGAAAAGUAUUUCAACAGAAAUAUAGAAAGUAUAAUGGCCAAAAUGCUGGAAACUACAAUAUACGUUCUAUCACGAAAAGUGGUUCCACCAAAACAUUUGGUCGGUUUCGUGAUAAAACUAAUAAUCUAGAGAUCUUUAUUAAAAAGCCAGAAUUAUGAGGUUGGUUGAAGAUAAUCCAUACUUCUCAUUGGCCAAUGUGCCCAGACUGCCAAUCAGGAACAUACUUUAGUGGAGCUACUUUAAAUAGGGAAAUAGUAAUUUUUAAACUUAUUACGUCAUUUGAAGAAGCCUUUCAAAUCUCAAAUGUACCUUCCAAAAUUUGUUCAAAAAUAAUUUGGAAUAGGACUGCUUGCACCUCUAGCAUAUAUAUCAACCACCAUUUCUUAACUAUCUCUCCCAACCAUGUAUCCCGAAAAUUUCU